AUGAGCAAAGACUCCUCAGCAACAUACCUACACAUGCACCAGCCAAAACUAGCCGACCUCUUUGAAGAAUUCACUCGUCCCCACACCUCAACAGCCACGAACCCAAACAACGACCCCCACAACAGCACCAGCAACAGCCGCGACGCAAACACAGUAUCCUACGGCUCAACCUCGCCCGCCACAAUCCCUUCCUUCCUCCCCAUCGAAGACAUCUACGUCGCGCCCCAAUACCAGCCCCCAAACCCGGAGGACGAAGACGACGUCGUGCCGGAUCAGCAUGCCGCGUUUGGCAUCACGCGCGCGAUGGACAGGCGGCAUGAGGCUGUCUGGAGAGACCUUGGUUUGGAGGCGCUUGUGAAUGGCGAGGGGCAUGGGAGCUCUGGUCCUGUCAAUGCUGGGGGGACGGGCGCUGCUGGUGCGACUGGGUCGGGGCCUGGUGCGACGAUCCGGGGUAGUGGGGGUGGAAAUGCCGUUGCUGGGGCGCCUGUUGUUCGGGUUAGAGAGGCUGGUAGGAGGAUGGGUGGGAGGAGGGUUGUUGGUUUGAGAUGA